UAGUUUACUUUUCUUGAAAAUCUCAUCAACCAAAUGUGACAAGUCAUAAAGGUUUCCUCAACUAUGUUUCUUCUGGACUUGAUUCGGGAACAGGUACCAGCAGCGUUGAGGUGAAGGAGAACCGCGACAGCAGAAACCAAGUGGACUAUUCCACCAUACUACAACCUGGACAUCAUACAUCAUCAGCUCUUUGCACUGACAUCUCCAAAAGAAAGACGACAGUGGACUGUACCCUGGUACCUGCACAUCAUACACCAGCUCUUAACACUGACAUCUCCAGAGGGCUCUCCAGGACCACUGCUCUACAGAGGAAGCAGCCAUUGGUGGAAGGAAAAGACAGGCUUCUCUACGAACUCCAGUUGAUUUGUAAGAGGACGGCCCAUUGUCUCACGUCAGAUAGCGCCACAACUCCGUCUGCACGGUUGGUUGGGGGACGAGCGUCGCAUGGGAGUGAUGCCACCUGUCAGAAGACAAUGAUGACUUCCUGGUCUGGCACAAAGAAGAAUGCCCUGGUGCAUUUGAAUGAGCUGAGACCCGGUCUACAGUAUGAGAUAGUGUCUCAGACAGGUCCAGUUCACGCCCCUGUGUUCGCUGUAGGAGUAGAGGUCAACGGACUCAGGUUCGAGGGCCGAGGCCCCACCAAGAAGAAGGCUAAGAUGAGGGCAGCAGAGCUGGCUCUUAGGUCCUUCAUCCAGUUCCCCAACGCCCAUCAGGCUCACAUCACCAUGGGAAACCUCAACUUCAUCAACACCACAGCACCAGCAGACUUCACCUCAGAUCAGGCUGAUCUCGUCCCCGACACGCUCUUCAAGGAGUUUCAGCCAGAAGCACAGGAAGACCAAAUCCUUCAUCACAGAACAGGGGGAAAGGAGUUGCAGUUUGAGGAACCACCAACACAAAGACACCUCUACAGAGCAGUGAAAAAAGGACAGGCGUUGCUCUCCAGUAUCUGUAACCAUGGGAGACUAGUGCGCCUGACCCUUGACCUGAUGUCCUCAGCCAAUCAGAAGAGGCAGAGGAUCGGUUCCUCUAUCGUUGGGGAACUGAGGCCCGUGGCUCUGCUCAAUGAGUUAAUGCCAGGCUUGAGGUACGUCUGCCUGACAGAGAGAAAGAAAGGCAGGCCGAUCAGGAGCUUUGUGAUGGCAGUACGGGUGGAUGGAAGGGUAUUUGAGGGCUGUGGGCGCAGUAAGAGGCUGGCUAAAGCCGAGGCAGCAGUCUCAGCCCUACAGGACCUGUUUAACAUCAGUCUGGGUCCUGAGAGGAGCAUCAGCAAUACUGCCAGCUGGGCCAAGAGCGCACAGCUACCUCAGUGCUUUGCAGAGUAUAUCUUCCACUUGGUGAGAGAGAAACACAGUGAGCUGGCUGACUGUUGCUGCACUCCCUCCCAGUCGCACAGGCGUCACAAAGUACUGGCAGGCAUCGUAAUGACCAGAGGCUUUGAUCUGAGGCGAGCCCAGGUGGUGUCUUUGGGGACAGGGACCAAGUGUAUCAGUGGAGAGUGUGUCAGUGACCAGGGAUGGGCGGUUAAUGACUGCCAUGCUGAGGUCACCACCAGGAGGGCUUUCCUCCGCUUCCUUUAUGCCCAACUGGAGCUUUUCCUCUGCAACCGGCCAGGCAGUUUGGAGCAGUCGAUUUUUGUGCGAGACAAAGAGUCAUUAUACAGACUGAGAGACGGUAUUCUGUUCCAUAUGUAUGUGAGUUCAUCGCCCUGCGGGGACGCACGCCUCAACUGUCCCUACGAGAUCACAGCUACACACCAGAGCGGGUAUAGAUUUGUGAGGAAGUUGCGCUGCCAUCUGAGGAUGAAGAUGGAAGGCGGUGAGGGUACACUUCCUGUCAGCGUACUGAGAGCCAAUCAGAAAUGGGACAGGAGGUUGCCGAGGGAAGCUCCCGUAACCAUGUCCUGCACAGAUAAAAUUGCCAGGUGGAAUAUUCUAGGUCUCCAGGGCUCUCUCCUAUCUCACCUGGUAGAGCCGGUGUACCUCCACAGCCUCACAGUGGGCAGCCUGUGCCACACGGGUCACCUGGGAAGGACCAUGGCACGACGCAUGGGGCACAUCGCCCCUCUGCCCUCGUCAUAUAGACGGAACAGGCUACUGCUCGGCUGCCUCAGCAGCAGUGAGGGUCGGCAGCCAGGGAAGUCCCCAAGCUUCAGUGUGAACUGGAGUGCUGGAGAUGGAGAGCUGGAGGUGGUGGAUGUCUCCACAGGCAGGAAAGACUCAGGGACACCAUCCAGACUCUGCAAGAGAUCCUUCUUCACUCGCUGGGAGAGACUACACCACCAGCUUAGCAGUCCAGGAGGAGUAUUGGAUGCAGAGGAGGCCCAUUUUCUUAUGUCAGAUAGCACAACGACUCUGUCUGCACGGUCGGUUGAGGGAAGAGUAUCGCCUAGGAGUGAUGCCACCUGUCGGAAGAAAAUGGAGGAGGCCAUGAAGACGUACUGUGGAGCUAAGAUGGCAGCAGGGGCCUACCAGAGAGCCAGGCAGAAGUUUGUCAUCUCGCUGCAGCAGGCAGGUCUGGGCAUCUGGAACAGGAAACCACCAGAACAGGAGCAUUUCCAGAGCAGGGUGUGAGGGGCUCUUCUAGAAGAAGCAGUCCAGGGAAUUUUCUUUCGCCAAAUUCCCUCACGCGCACGCACACGCACACGCACACACACACACGCUGUUCCAAUCAUGGUAACUAAGAGGUUGUAAAAUACAAUGUCACCACGAUAGGAACAGCACAUACAGUGCCUUCGGGAAAGUAUUCAGACACCUGAGACAGGAUUGUAUCGAGG